AGAGUCUUCCUAGAAAACUGUAGUCUGCAGCUUUCUGUUCAGAUUUCUUUCUGAUUGCUAACUGGAGGUACUACAUCUAAAGUAAAUGAACAUUUGCUGAGAAAGUGAAGGACAACAAGCCUCAAAAAAGGCUUCUAGAGGCACAAGAAUGUGGCACAGAAUCCAGAUAUUGCUCUUAUAUUGCAUUGCCAGUGAAGUUGCGAUGGCAAAGCAUCUUGAUUCUAAAAGGAAUUUCCCCCGAGGACUUCAGGCUGUGGAAGACAGUGGUUCUGCUGGGUGGAACAGGAUCAAAAGGAGUCUGUAUCACAGAACUUCCUGCAGGAUUCGGGGCUGCUGCACAGGGAGAGAUGAUGACUGCAGCUUCACCAUUGUCUCCAGAGGAGCUAUAUGUUACUGUGACCAGUACUGCACCUCGGGCUCUCCGGGGCCUGUGGACUGCUGUGCUGACUACUGGGAUGUCUGCCACCACCCUGCAGAGCCCACCAGGUCAGAGGAGCCUUGGCCACCUCCAGCAUGGGGUUGUUAUAAAGAUGGCCGAUAUUACGGAGAAGCAGCAAUAAUUAAAGACAACUGCAAUUCCUGCAAAUGUUCCAAUGGUCUCUGGCAGUGCUCAACAGAUGUAUGUCUUGUUCGCCAAGACUUAAUUCAGCGCAUCAAUUCUGGAGACUAUGGAUGGAAAGCUGACAACUACAGUCAGUUCUGGGGAAUGACAGUGGAAGAAGGUUUCAAAAAGCGCCUGGGCACCUUGACUCCAUCUCAGUCUUUGCUGAAUAUGAGAGAAGCUCCUGGAAAAUCACUUCCAGAAGAAAAGUUUCCUGCAAUUUUUUCAGCCAUUUAUGAGUGGCCUGAGUGGAUUCAUGAUCCUUUGGAUCAGCGGAACUGUGGAGCAUCCUGGGCUUUUUCAACCGCAAGUGUUGCAGCAGAUAGAAUAGCAAUUCAUUCAAAGGGUCAGAUCACAGACAACCUUUCUGCUCAGAACCUGAUCUCUUGUGAUACCAGGAAUCAACAUGGAUGUAAUGGUGGAAGUAUUGAUGGUGCCUGGAGAUAUCUGAAAACACAUGGGGUUGUAUCAUAUGCUUGUUAUCCAUCAUUUUGGAACAAACACCUGGGGCCAGCAGCUGAAAGUCAGUGUUAUGUGUCAAGUGAAUCAGGAAAAAACCAUACAAAUGGGCCAUGUCCCAAUGCUUAUGAGAAAUCCAAUCGGUUAUACCGGUGUGCCUCUCACUACAGGGUGUCCUCAAAAGAAACUGAUAUAAUGGAAGAAAUCAAGAAUAGAGGACCAGUGCAAGCUAUAAUGAAAGUGUAUGAAGAUUUUUUCCUUUACAAAGAGGGAAUAUAUCGACACUCCCAGCAAGCAGGCUCUAAAUGGAAAACUCAUUCAGUCAAACUCCUUGGGUGGGGAGCAUUACGUGACAAAAAUGGACAGAACCAGAAGUUCUGGAUUGCUGCAAAUUCCUGGGGAAAAUCCUGGGGAGAAAAUGGUUAUUUUAAGAUUCUACGUGGACAAAAUGAGUGUGAUAUUGAGAAGCUGAUUUUAGCUACUUCAGGACAGCCAUAAUUUAUCUGUACCAUAUUCUGCUUGAUGUAUCUAUUCUUUCCAUUGUUGUAUAUUGAGUCUUUGUGGGGAAAUAAUAAAGUCUUCUAUAAGUUACCCUUCUAUUAGCCCUUAUGAGGUCUUCCUGGAAUGCACUGUAGGCAUUAGAGCACUCUUAGAUCUCACCUAGUACAAGCAGCCCUUUUGUCUAAAAGCAUGUUAUCUCCAGGACUACUGAAAACCUUGAUGGCUCACAGAGCAGGAAGUCACCUCCUGAUUGAAAAAUGCCUGAAAAAAAUGGAAUUACACUGUUGGCAUUAAUCUCUUUGCAAUAAAUAUUCCAAUCAGAAAUUA